UCCAAACUGCUGGUUAUCGUCUACGUUGAGUAGUCGACGCGUUCGGGCAAUGCUCAAAUAGAAAAUCCCAUACAGAAGAUUGACGGUCGAAGAGGGAAAGCAUCCCCUGCAGUUUUGAAUCUUCUCAUUGCCAUGGACGGGCAUCAUGCGUCUCUCGGCCGACGAACGUUGGAGGACAUUCGUCAAAAGAGAGCAGCACAGAAACUGAGCAAAACUUCUUCCGGACCCGAUCUGAGCACAGCUUCUAGCACUAAUGAUGUCCCGGUGAUUAGGAAAUCGGAGAGCGGAAAUCGACUCUCUGAGACAGACGUGAGUGGUUUAGUAUCUCAGCUACAAGAGUUGCAGAAGAAGAACUCGGAUUUGGUAGAAAAGAACAAGAUAUUAUCUUUAAAGCUUCAGACAAAGGAGGUUGAGAAUGAAACGCUGCAGAAAAGCUUGAAUGAUUUGGAGCAGAACACUGUGCCAUCUUUGAGAAAAGCCCUCAAGGAUGUAGCUAUGGAGAAAGAUGCAGCAGUUGUUGCACGGGAGGACCUCUCAGCCCAGCUACGCACACUUAAGAGACGCCUGAAGGAAGCUGAAGAUGAACAAUACAGAGCAGAGGAAGAUGCAGCAGCCCUGAGAGCAGAACUAAAUUCUAUGCAGCAACAAGCAAUGAGUGGCCCCCAUGGUGGAAUAGCCUCUGUUGGGACUUCACAAGAGCAAAUACAAAACUUGGAAAAAGAGAUAGCUAGUUUUAAAUCUGAAUUGCAGCAAGAAUCGCUACAAAGACAGCAAGAGCGACAAAGAUUAGCGGAGGAGCAAACUCGGUGUGCCAUCCUCAUGUCUGAAAAGCAAGAGCUAGAGCAGAAACUGGCAGCUACAAUCAAAAAGGCCUCGGAAGAUGCCUCAGAAAAAGUGACUCACAAGGCCUUUUCAAUGGAAGACAAGGAGAAGCUUGAGAAGCAGUUGCAUGAUAUGGCUGUAGCAGUGGAGAGAUUGGAAAAUACCAGACAAAAACUUUUAAUGGAGAUUGAUAACCAAUCCUCAGAGAUAGAGAAGCUCUUUGAGGAAAAUUCUUAUCUUUCAACUUCAUAUGAAGAGGCAAUGGCCAUAGCAAAACGUUGGGAGAAUCAGGUGAAAGAUUGUCUUAAGCAAAAUGAAGAACUCCAUGUGGUUCUGGAUAAGCUGAGAACAGAACAGACUAGUUUAAUCUCUUCAAAUGAUAGGGGCAUCCUGGAAGGCACAGCAGAGCCUCAGAGAGAUGGGGCAAAUGAGCCUGUCUCACAGGCAUACACGACUGAAAUCCUUGUUCUUAAGGGCCAACUUGGACGUGAACAGAGCAGAGCAGAAGUACUAUCAGCAGAGGUCUUGCAGCUUUCGGUGCAACUGCAACAAGCCAUGCAAGCUUACAAUGGUCUCGCACGCCUAUACAAACCAGUGCUGCGGAGCUUUGAGAGUAGUCUCAUCAAAAUGAAACAAGAUGGCUCUAUGGCUGUGCGGUAAACGUGGAUAAUCUCCAGUCAAAUUUUCAACAAUUCUUGCGUGAAAACCUAGUGGCAAUAUGUUAUGUUGGAAGUAGGAAAUCUCCUCACAAACUCAGAUAAUACGGGGUUUCCAAAUUGUGUAUUGGAUAUUGAAUUGUUUAAAAAGCAACUCUUGAGUAGCUUCAAUUGUGAAAUCCGUCCUUACAUCCAUGUAAUUUUUUUUGAACGAUAAAACCUUUGUCACUAGCUUUACAGAGAAUAUAUGAUCAUUUGUCA